AUGUCUGAAAGUUUAGCUGCGGGAACGGCUCUGACUCCCGUGAGAACCCUUUCAAAGUCCAGCAACCGAUCGGCGCUCUCGUCUCCAGAAAACUCGGCUCCCGGCUCCCCCAAUCGUCCUGGCUUGUCAUCCUCUCCUGACCCUCACGGCCCUUUGCCCAUCAGCGACAACUCCAGAAACGCCGCGUCCGCUAGCCCACCUCCUAUCCCUAAUGACACCUCGGACGACACCACCAGGAACGGCUCUCGCCCUCAGCUGUCGUCUCCAAACGUUUCUAGCGCCUCGCCUUCCUCGAUUUUAGGCUCCUCCGCGGAGAGAGUCGGAGACCGGCCAACAACCACUCCAGCAAACACUGCAUUCUCCUCGGGCUCUAGCAAUAACACCACCAACAACAGCAACAUCACAACAAGCAACACCAUCAACACCGCAAGCAACAACGAUGCUACGUACGUCACAACGCCUGUGGCGCAGUCUGCGCCUCUGGCUCCCUCCUCAAGGCCCCAGCAAUCAGGGAUGGUGAGACGUCCUUCCUUCGGCUUGGGUUUUCUCAGCUCCCUCUCCAACUCCAUAAGAGGUUCUCACUCUCCUCAAGGCGGCUCGUCUCAACAGAACUCUUCCGAGACAACUUUCUCCUCGUCCAACUCAGGAACACUGCAUCACCACACCUCCCCCGAAUCGCAUCCUCAUUCUCAUUUGCAUACACAUUCUUCUCAUGCCGCCCCACAAUCAACUCACCAAUUCAUGUCCAAUAGUCCUACGAUAGCCAACCUCAACGGUGUGGUGGACGCCCCUGCCGAGAUGAGCAGCUCUUUGAACGAUGCCCAGGGUUCUCUGCAUCAGACCCUCUUGGCAAGACAAGACACUAUGGUCAGACCUCCGCCUGUUAUCGCCGAGGAAGUGGCCGAGUCUCAGUCAGAAGCAAUGGAGGCCGAGGAUCCUUCUGGGAAGGACAAGGAUGGUUUCUUCUCUGUGCGGUUGACCCCAAUAAUCGACCACCUGACCUCCAAUACGGGGCUCUACUUUUCUCCGAUGAUACGCCGCAUCAAGCCCAAAGAGCUGAUUCUGAUCGGUAGAUAUACCGAGAAGAACAAGAGUGCUGCCCAUGCCCCUCAGGGCUCUUCGGCACCCAUUGUCUUCAAGUCCAAGGUUGUUUCCAGAACCCACGCUAUGUUCCAGGUGAAUGAGGACGGCCUGUGGUUCAUCAAAGAUUGCAAGUCGUCCUCUGGUACAUUUCUCAACAACCAGCGCUUAUCGCCAGCCUCUCAGGAGUCCACUCUUUGUCCACUUGCAGACGGCGACAUGGUGCAGUUGGGUUUAGAUUACAGGGGAGGUACUGAAGAAGUAUACAGAUGCGUUAAAAUGCGUUGUGAGUUCAACAGGAGCUGGCAGCGGAAGGUCAACCAGUUCAAUUUGGACAUUCACAAAAAUUUGAAGAAGCUCAGACUUGAUAACAAAACUGAAGAUGACUCUGAGCUUUCUGAAUGCGCAAUAUGUCUCUUGAAGCUUGAGCCAUGCCAGGCGCUCUUUAUAAGCCCGUGUUCUCAUUCCUGGCAUUACAAGUGCAUCAGACCCAUAAUUAUCAAGAGCUACCCACACUUUUAUUGUCCGAAUUGUCGGUCUAUGUGCGAUCUAGAAACUGAUAUUGAGGAUGAUUGA